UAGCCUUUUCCAUAACCAAACAUGACGAAUAGGAGCAUUAUCCGCCGACCACCUACGCGGAAUAUCGAGAAGCAUCUGUCUGGCCUGUCGUUCAACGCAGCUCUUAUAUACGGAUAGGAGCACCCUACGGCGCACCAAUCGCGAGACUCCGUACGUAUCGAGCCUCGCGAUUGGCUAUUGGGAUCAGUCUCCCGCUAGACGCGUAGCGUGCGCCGGCGUGCGGGUCACCUUGGAACUAGUCUCGCGUCGGACGUGCAGUGCGUAGGUUGUCGGUUGUCGGGUUCUCGCUUUCCGCGUACGUCGCGAACGCCGUGUAAUGCCCAAUUCUGGAAUAUCGGCGACUUCUGAGUGCGUCGCGGGGAAGUCGCCAUUAUCGUUUGAUGAGGCCCGCAAAUAAUUGGCCUUGAAAAAAGCGGCGACGCUGAAAACGGAGCGUCGGUUUUAUUCGCGUACGAAUAAGCAUCCGCGAUUUUCGUCUGGAUUUCGUGCGCGAGUAACGCGAGUAAACGGGAGUGCAAUCCAGGAGUGUCGUGUUUCAACGCGAUGGAUCGAAUAAUUUUUUCGAAGUGCAUCUGGACGUCGACGGGGAGUCUCGACCGGAAGUCUCGGAGGAUCGCGAAUUGAUCGGGGAAGCGGGAGAGGGGAAGGAAAGGAAGGGCGUGCCGGGAGAUGUCGCCAUAGACUUCAAUAGAUGUCACAAAUUAAUUUAAGGUUAUUUCGAUGCGUUUAAUAUAAUUAAUAUUCGGACGCUCGCUUUCCCGGAAUUGGAAAAGUAUAUUUUUUCAACAGAUAUUUUGUUCGUGUUUUUAUUCGCGAAUGUGAUAUUGAACGUGAUCGAGCGGAAUCGAAAGUGCCGAAUGCAUUCGCGAGUGAUCUUAUUUUUUCGUAUCGUCCGUUCAUUUCGAAGUGCAUCUGUGUGUAGUGAAGUACGGUAAAUAAUUAUUACAAAUAUAAAAUAAUAGAAAAGACAGUGCAGUGAUCAGUGCCAAAUCAUAUGGGAUUAUAGCAGAGCAGCAGUGGAACAUUAAAGCGGAUAUACUAUUAAAGCAGACAGGUUAUGUAGUCGACUCAACGCAAUGGAUCAGGAUGCGGUGGAUCGGUUACGUGGCCACGAUUCUCUGGUGGUCGGGCAUCGCCAGGUCCCUCAGCACGUUGAAUCGAGGUCACAGUUACAAGAUCAGUCCGAAGCCCUGCAAGGUGCCCGGUUCCGAGAGCAAGGAAGGCACGUGCAUGUUCGUGUGGGAGUGCAUCAAGUCCGAAGGGACGCACGUGGGCGUGUGCGUGGACACGUUCAUGUUCGGCAGUUGUUGCGUUCACAACACGACGGUGAACACGAUAAGCGCGUCGUCCCACCAUCCUCCUCAUCAUCCUUCUCAUCAUCAGCAGCAGUCUACCACGCUCAGGCCGACUCUGUUCGGCUCGGCGGUGCCGAACGAGACCACCAGACUGACCGCGUCGACUUCCUCCCUCUGGAGCGCAGCUUCCAGCACCGCGAGGCCGAGUCACCAUCAGCUUUCGGGGUCUCACGGCUCGACCAGGCCGUUUAAACCGUAUUCUGGUGCCGCGAGACCCCUGCAGAAGAGGCCGCACGCGAAGCCGACGUCCGAGCACGACGUCGACAGGCUGCAGACUCCCGCGGUGAUGUCCGCUUCCGCAUCCUCUCCGAGCACGUGGACGCAGGGAACGAAGAGACCCGGAAGUCAUCACGGGAGUCACUCUCAUCAUCAUCAGAAGACGAGACCGCAAGGAGCGGCGAGCGAGAAGCCUCUGUCCGUCCAGCCGGGCUUCAAGGACAAACUGGAUACUCAUAAUACGCUAAUAGUACGUUUGCCGGGAAAGGAGCACGCCGACGACGAGGUCGCCGGCUCGAGCAAACCAGCGAAACCGGGUAAACCGAGCAGCCAGAGGCCCUUCGAGUCGAGACCCGACGACGGGAAGACCGGCGACGUCGAUCUCAGCGUGCAGGAGACGAUCAAUCGGCCGAAUGUCAACUCCGUCGUUGAAAACGAACCGGCGAAAGAGCCUCAUCCGAAUUUGAAUUUCAUACAUACCGAACGACCGCACUGGGCAACCAAACCAGCGCAAUCGAAACCGUCGUCGACGGAUUUCCCGAAGCCGUUCUUCUCGGUCAAAACGACUACCUAUCGACCGAUCUCGAUAAGUGGUCAGACGGAUCAGAGGCCGAAUUUUAUCUCGAAACCGAACGUCUGGAUACUCUCUACGAAAACGUCGACGACGACUACUGUCGAGCCGAUCUACGUCAAACAACCUUCCACCAGCGCAGCCGGAUCCAUACCACAAACCUCUCAUUGGCAAGUGACUACGGAGCCGGCCUUCGUCACUAAACAGAAACCGUCGUUAUCAUCGUCCUCACCGUUCUCGUCCACAUCGUCAUUUUCAUCAUCCUCGUUUUCAUCGUCGCUGUCAUCGUUAUCGUCAUCCAAACCGAUGACCGCGAUUACUGUACCAGAGACUGUACGAAUACCGUCUUCAGGUACGAACUCGCAUUUCUGGUCGAAUAGCUGGACGCCACCUAGACCGUCCCUGAAACCGCACUGGACGGAUAGUCCUGGCUUCCUUCAGAACGGACCGGAAAGCUUUCCGUCGCGACCGAGCUUCAAACCAACCGAGUCACAAAGCACCGAAUAUCAGAAGCCCCUGGGUUCGGCGCACUACAUAACAACGUCCCACUUGGAAACGUCGACCAGGCCGCGACCGACGAAGAAAACCACAAUGUUGAGCACAACGUCGCCGACUACAUUGAUGUCCUCGACAACCGUUAGAGCUACAAUUAACCCGACAACCGCGAUGACAACGAUGACGACUACGGCGAGUAGUACAAUCAGCACUAGCACCGCUAGUACCACUACGUCGCAAGGAUUGAACGAUCGCGAGGGAGCGACGAGCGAGAAGGGAACGGGUUCGGUGAUGACGGUUGCGGCCGCCGACGAGAGCAAGAACAUGCAGUGCGGAGUGCCUCCGUUGUUCCCGCGACCAGAAACGCGGAUCGUCGGCGGCAAGGACGCGCCGUUCGGUCGAUGGCCCUGGCAGGUAUCCGUUCGUCGGACAUCCUUCUUCGGUUUCUCGAGCACUCACCGGUGCGGCGGUGCGGUACUCAACGAGAAUUGGAUCGCCACCGCGGGUCAUUGCGUCGACGAUUUAUUAACGUCGCAAAUCCGGAUACGAGUCGGCGAGUACGACUUCUCGUCGGUCCAGGAGCGACUGCCCUACGUGGAGCGUGGGGUUGCCAAGAAGGUCGUUCAUCCCAAGUACAACUUUUUCACGUACGAAUACGACCUGGCGCUGGUGCGACUCGAGAGUUCCUUGACAUUCGCGGCGCACAUCUCGCCCAUUUGUCUGCCAGCCACGGAUGAUCUCUUGAUCGGAGAGAACGCAACGGUAACGGGUUGGGGAAGAUUGAGCGAAGGUGGAACACUGCCCUCGGUGUUGCAAGAGGUUUCUGUGCCGAUAGUGAGUAAUGACAGGUGCAAAUCAAUGUUUCUAAGAGCCGGCAGACACGAGUUCAUACCGGACAUCUUCCUCUGCGCCGGUUACGAGACAGGAGGGCAAGAUUCGUGUCAGGGUGACUCUGGAGGUCCUCUCCAAGUACGCGGAAAGGACGGUAGGUACUUUCUCGCUGGGAUCAUAUCAUGGGGAAUUGGAUGCGCGGAAGCCAACUUACCGGGGGUCUGUACGCGGAUCUCCAAAUUCGUACCGUGGAUUUUGAAGAACGUCACCUGAUCUACUCUAUGAUAAACGCGACUAUGAUAGACAUACGAAUGACAGGAGGAAACUUGGUGAAAUCCAUGCGCGAAUAAGCGAUUCGCAAUAUUGGUUCGCGCGAUAUCGAGAAACCAUAGUUGGUCACCUUAGAUUCUUCUCGCAAAUGAGAACGUGUUUUCUAUCAUUUGCAUUUAUUUAUUUGUACUUACACUGCCACUUACGAAAUAACACAUUCUGUAGUGUUGAUAUAUACAGAGAAAUAUACUCAAAAGAAAUGGAAUCGAAUCAAUAUACGUACUAGCGACGGUAUGCGAAACAAUCGUGCAACAAUUGUAGCAGCAUACACCGAGAACUUGUAUUUAUAUAUAAAUCUGAGUAAGUAAAAUAAUAUAUAUUUUCUAAGUUAAGUCUAGUUCUACAAUUAAAUAAUCGAGGGAAGUCUGAGUUGCAAUAAAUAGAUCAACGAAGUAGUCUGGUAGAGACUAUAAAGGGAACAUCAUUCUUGCCACUUUGCUUCAAAAAAUGGAUAACAUAAUACUUAAGAAAAUUGUGAUUUUUGAGAUAUUUUAUAUAGAUAUGUAUUAAUUAUAAAUUUAUUACGAUGUAAAAAAUCUGUUUUAUUCGGAUACUUAAAUUUCACAAAUUAGAUAAAUUCAACUUAAGCACAAGUUACAUCAGUAAUAAAUCAAUGAACAUAUAUAA